AUGUUCGAGGCAAUAAACUCGAUAGAUAACAAAGUCAUUAGGAAGUCCGAGGACCAUGAGAAAGGUAUGAUUCUCUUGGAAUACACCAAAGCCCUUAAGACGCUAGACAUAGGUUCAUUUCUAAAGUAUAGAGUGAAGCAUGAUGUGAAUCUUGGGUUGUACAAAAGGGCAUCGGGAUAUCUGAUAUCCAACUAUGCUAUUAAAAAGACUCUCGAGGAGAUUGAGUUGAACAUGGAAAGAUACAAGCUGCUGGAGUACAAGGAGUCGGUGUUCAUCAUGGCAAGAAGAAACAUCAUGGAAAAAGAAAACUUUGUAAAGGCUAGGAAGCUUCUUAAUCUUGCAAGAGAGAAAGGCUUCUUCUGCAACGAAUUGUAUGAGCUGGAAGAGCUAUUAAACAAUGAAUGGUAUCCAAAGGCCUAA